AUGGUCGAUAUCGAAGCUCAAACCAGAGCCACGCCAGCGUUGGAAUCUCCGGCCCCCACCAUCUUCAAGAGAGCUAACAGACCAGUAACUCUUAAGUUUGACGACGUCGUUUACAAGGUUAAACCCAGCAAAGGAAGAAAACUAUUACGGUGCACCCCAAAUACAAAGAGUUGUGGAGAAAUCUCCAUUUUAAAGGGCUUAUCAGGAGUUGUGAGACCAGGUGAGGUGUUAGCCAUGUUAGGCCCCUCCGGCUGCGGCAAAACGACACUCCUAACUGCGUUAGGAGGCCGGUUAUUGACAGAAGGUCAGCUUUCGGGGACCAUAACUUACAACGACAAGCCUUUCUCCAACACAAUAAAACGCACCACGGGUUUUGUUCCACAGAUAGACGUUUUCUUACCCCAUUUGACUGUUUCCGAAACCCUAGUUUUCGCUGCCCUUCUCCGGAUGCCGAACACUUUUUCGAGGGCUGAGAAGAUUGCGAUAGCCGAAGAUGUGAUAUCCCAGCUGGGACUGACCAAGUGCAAGAAUAGCGUGGUGGGUGGACCGUUCACGAGAGGGAUUUCAGGGGGUGAAAGGAAAAGGGUUAGUAUUGGACAGGAGUUGUUGAUAAAUCCUAGCUUGCUUCUGUUGGACGAACCAACAUCGGGGCUAGAUUCGACGACGGCGCAGAGGACUGUGUCGGCCGUGGCAGAGCUUGCCAGCACGGGAGGAAGGACAGUGUUGAUGUCGAUUCACCAGCCGUCCAGUAGGCUGUUCUACAUGUUUGAUAAGCUGAUACUGUUAUCGGAGGGAAAUUCUCUAUAUUUCGGAAACGGGUCGGAUGUGAUGGAUUAUUUUUCUAGUAUCGGGUAUGCACCAUCCAUGGCCAUGAACCCUUCAGAUUUUCUUCUUGAUCUGGCAAAUGGUUUGCUAACAGACGGUGCUCAUGAUAGAGACCAAGCUACGGUACUUAAGCAGAGAUUGGUUUUAGCGUACAACCUGAACCUCAGCGAGAAAGUGAAGGCUGAUAUUCUUGUCGUUCAGGAAACUAACCGUACUCAGCUUCAUCUCGAUUUUGGUUUGGAGGACAAAAAUUUCGGACAGUGGCCCACAACUUGGUGGCAAGAAUUCUCCGUUUUGUUUAGAAGAGGAGUCAAGGAAAGAAGGCACCUCAACUUCUCUGGCUUAAAGAUUGGUCAAGUACUCUUUGUAUCUAUUCUUUGCGGACUACUAUGGUGGCAGUCCGACAUUUCCCAAUUACAAGAUCAGACAGGACUCCUCUUCUACAUUGCAUUAUUCUGGGGCUUCCUUCCUGUAUCUCAAGCCACAUUCACGUUUCCAGCAGAACGCAAGAUCUUAACCAAAGAACGGGAAUCAGGUAUGUACAGGCUCUCCUCCUACUUCCUAGCAAGAUCCGCCGGGGAUCUUCCCAUGGAACUAGUCCUUCCCUUCACAUUCGUAACAAUAACCUACUGGAUGGCCGGCCUUAAACCCACGGCCAACAACUUUCUGCUAACCGUCCUAGUCAUUCUUCUCAGUGUCCUCGUCUCACAGGGACUCGGCCUUGCCCUAGGCGCCUUGUUCAUGACCCCGAGAUCCGCCACCACGAUCGGGGCCGUCAUCACGAUGUCGUUUUUUCUCGCCGCGGGGUUCUACGUCCAAAAUGUGCCACGUUUCAUCAGUUGGUUGAAAUACAUUUCGAGUAGCUAUCACACGUACAAGCUCCUUUUGGGGACUCAGUACAAGAACAACGAAACAUACCCCUGCGAAAACAGAUCAACUGGUGGAUUAGGGCUAUGUCUGGUUGGGGAUAAUCCGUCUAUAAGUAAAGUAGGACUUGAUGGUCAAGCGCUGUCUGCGUUUGCUUUGGUUCUAAUGCUAGUGAUUUUUCGAUUGAUUGCUUAUAUUUCCUUGAUGAGGAUCGGAGUCACAAAAGAUUAG